AUGGGUAUUUCAAGAGAUUCUCGUCACAAGAGAGCAGCCACUGGUGCAAAGAGAGCACAAUUCAGAAAGAAGCGGAAGUUCGAGUUAGGUAGACAAGGUGCUAACACCAAGAUUGGUCCAAAGAGAAUUCACUCUGUCAGAACUAGAGGUGGUAACCAAAAGUUCAGAGCAAUCAGAAUUGAAACCGGUAACUUCUCUUGGGCUUCUGAGGGUGUUUCUAGAAAGACCAGAAUUAACGUUGUCGUCUACCACCCAUCCAAUAACGAAUUAGUUAGAACCAACACUUUAACUAAGUCUGCUAUUGUCCAAAUUGAUGCAACUCCAUUCAAGCAAUACUACGAAUCCCACUACGGUUUAGUCCUUGGUAAGAAGGGUGCAGUUGAAGCUGAUGAAGUCAAGAGAUCCAAGUCUGUUCAAAAGAAGUUAGCUGCUAGAGCAGAAGAAUCCAAGAUUGAACCAGCUGUUGCAGCUCAAUUCGCUUCAGGUAAAUUAUAUGCUGCUAUCUCCUCUAGACCAGGUCAAUCCGGUAGAUGUGAUGGUUACAUUUUAGAAGGUGAAGAAUUAGCAUUCUACUUAAGAAGAUUAACUGCUAAGAAAUAA